GAUGCCAUGGCUGCCAGAUGGCUCUCCACACGCCGCGCUGUGAUCGUGCCUGGUGCCAUGAAGUCCGGCACCUGUUCGCUUCGAAGGCAGCUACAGUGGUCAGCAGAGCAGGACGGCCUUUCGCUACCGUCACAAGAACCACAUUUCUUUGACGAGGACACGGAGUGGGCACUGGGGCCAGCGCAUUACGCCUCCUGGUUCGAAGACGCGGAGAUGAUCGGGGACGUGACACCCAGCUACCUCUACAUACCGCAGGCGCUGGAGCGACUUGCAGAGCUUCUUCCUCAGGCAAAGCUGGUGGUGUCGCUUCGCAACCCAAUCUGUCGGGCAGUGAGCCACCAGAACCAUGACCAUGACAAGGACGCCUUCCGGCGGGGCCUCUAUGCCGAGCAGCAGCUGGGCACUGCAAAGCACUUGUUUGGAGAAAUAGAGCUGGAGCGGCUCCUUCGGCUCUUCCCCGCGGAGCGCAUCCACGUGGUGAUUGCAGAGCGCUUUCGUCAGUGCCCUAGCCAGGAGCUGCGUCGCAUUCGGGACUUCCUGGGACUAGAUCAUGUCGAGUUCCCUACAGAGGCCUUUGAAGAAGAACACGUGCGCUACGACUAUGCCGAGACACUUCCGCUAGGAUCACCCCUUAGAGGGGAGCUGAGGCGCUUCUAUGCCAAAGACGUGCAAAGACUGCGCGGACUUCUCGGAGAUGGGCUGCUGGACUGGGAUCUGGACUUUGCCACCCACCGACCUCCAUUGCUACUGCGGCCCCGCAUGGCACGGGCACUGCAGGCUCCCACGCGCCAGAGAUCACGAAGUUCCAGCCCAAGAGCCAAACAUCAUCAGCAUUCGGCCAAAAAGGGGCUGUGCAUGAGGUUUUUUGCUCCAGGUUCCGGGUGCUGUUGCCUUCGAAGUUCUAAGCUUUGA